AUGACAUCUGAAGAAAUAGUUUUAGCUUUCUGUGGAAGCUUCAAUCCACCGACAAAUGGACACUUGAUGGCAGCCACUAUUGCUAGAGAUCAUAUGACAGAUCUUGGAUUCAAUGUUAAGGCAACUGUUUUUGUUCCAGCACAUUCUGGAUAUAUUUUCAAGCCAGGAAUACUUUCUGGUGAACAACGUGCCGAAAUGCUUGAAGCAAUGGUCGCUCAUACAGAUUAUUUAAGUGUAGAUCGCUUCGAAGUUCAAAAGAACGAUUGGACACGUACAAUUGACACUCUUCUUUACCUUAGAGAAAAGCAUAAAUGCAGAAUUGUUCUGAUUGUCGGAAUAGAUAUUGUUGAAUCCUUCGAAACUAAAUGGAGAGAGCCAGAUGUUAAAAGAAUUCUUGAAGAGUUUGGAUUGUGCAUACUUCCUCGUGUUACAGAAGCCGUAGAUUUAAAGAGCAAAUGCAAAUACAUCGAAGGACGCGAUAAAUUACUUUACGUUGUUGGAUCGAACCCACUAAACCUCGUUAGCUCUACCCUUGUUCGUGAUGAAAUCAAGAAAGGCCAUCAUAUUGUUGGUUUAGUUGAUCCAGCCGUAGCAGAAAUAAUAGCUAAGAAUAACUACUAUAAAGACUAA